CUGAUUAAGUGACGAGUACGAGCCUAAAGAAAUUUUUUUAGAAGUGAUUAGGUUGAGAAUCUCAGAUCGAUCUCUCUUCUGUCUCUGACCGAUUUCUAAGAACAAAAACACUCUGUUUCCAUAUGGAUCUCUGUUUCAUGGACCAGCUCAAAUCUCAACCUCCAUGGCUUCUUCUGUUAAUAGCUCUCGGUUUUUUAUCAUUAUUGAAACGUUCUUUAUCACUACUCAAAUGGGUCUAUGUUAAUUUCCUCAGACCUCCUAAGAAUCUCAAGAAAUACGGCUCAUGGGCACUCGUAACCGGACCAACCGACGGUAUUGGUAAGGGAUUCGCUUUUGAGUUAGCUCGUCAAGGGUUCAGUCUGGUUCUUGUCGGUCGAAACCCUGACAAACUAAAGGAUGUUUCGGAUUCGAUACGAGCUAAAUAUAGAUCAACCCAGAUCAAGACUGUGGUUGUUGAUUUUUCUGGCGAUUUAAAUGAAGGUGUUCAGCGGAUUGGCGAAGUUAUUGAAGGUUUAGAUGUUGGUGUUUUGAUUAAUAAUGUUGGCAUUUGCUAUCCGUACGCGAAGUUCUACCAUGAAGUGGAUGAGAAGUUGUUGGCAGAUUUGAUUAAGGUUAAUAUUGCAGGUAUCACGAAGGUUACACAGGCGAUUUUGCCUGGAAUGCUCAAGAGAAAGAGAGGUGCUAUUGUUAAUAUUGGUUCUGGUACUGCUGUCAUCCCUUCCGAACCUCUUUACGCUGUAUAUGCGGCUACAAAAGCAUAUAUUGACCAGUUCUCAAGAUGCCUCUAUGUGGAGUACAAGAAGAGUGGUAUUGAUGUGCAGUGUCAGAUCCCACUGUAUGUGGCGACGAGGAUGUCAUCAAUCAAAAGGUCCUCCUUCUUUGCUCCAUCAAUAGACGGUUAUGCUCAGGCUGCGAUGCGCUGGAUAGGCUAUGAACCUCGCUGCACACCUUACUGGCCCCAUUCUCUUCAGUGUGGUUUUGUAUCUUCAUUGCCUGAAUCUAUUUUUGAUGCUUGGCGCCUGCGAUUCUGCCUUCGGGUUCGAGAGAGGGGACUACUCAAAGAAUCUAGGAAGAAAGAAUAGACAGGCAGUCCCUUCCCUAUAUGGCAUGAAGAUGUGGAGUAGGAGGAGGAGUUUGGAAGGUUUUUCAGCUCUAAGGGCGUUUUCGGUUCGUGAAUAACACACCCCAAAGUGCGUCAAUGUUUGUUGUUUUCCCUCAACGGUAAUCUAAUUGGAGACUAAUUAUUGUGCAUUAAAUUCUACAUUGUAAGUUGCUUUCCUUGUAAUGUAUUUAAAGGUUGAGAUUAUAACACAUCAGGCAGUGUAGACAAGGUGG